AUGAAGCGCGAUGUUCGGCGGGCUUCUUUCCGGAAGCGGAAGCCCGGGGGGCGGGCCAAGAAGCCCCAAGAGCCCAAGGCGGUUGAUUCUUAUUAUUGUGCAGCGAAUCUUCCCUGGGUUUGGGCUUCUCUGAAACUGCGAGAGAUGGUCAGGUCCGGAUGUCGACCAGGCCAGGUGUUAUCUUCAGGAGCACAUGCUGGAUCUACUAAAUUAACAAAUGGGAAGAAAGGGACCCAUUUAAGAAAAAUAACACAUUUCAGUGCAGAUUCUGGCCAUUCCACCAAUUCUGAUUCAGCAAGUCAGACUGAAGCUGUACAAGGCCUUGAUCGUUGUGCUUCUUUGCUACAGGACAUUUUGAGAAAUGAAGAUUCAGGUUCAGAAAUAGUGUACUCAGAAAAUAGAUCUAAUCCUAGACCUUUAGAAGGCAAAAGAUAUGGAUAUAAAAAGAAAGGAUUUGAGAAACAUACUUUUCCUUUAGGAGCCCAGAAGGAAAUGACAUCUUCACGGAAUAAGAAAAAGAUACCUAAUGAAACUUCUGCUGGAAGUGGAAAAGACAUAUCAGACUUACCACAAAACUGGUCAUUACAAGAUCAUUAUAGGAUGUAUUCACCCAUGAUAUACCAAGCCCUCCAUGACCACGUGCAGACUCAAAUGUCACUGAUGAAAAACUUUGCUUCAAAGAAGAACACCAGUGGAAUUUCCCUUGUACCUGGCCAUUCUGGGUCUGGGUCUGGUUCUGAAUCUCAGGCAGCUUCAGAUUCUAAUUAUGGCUCAUAUACCUCCCGCUCAGUCUGGUCACCUCAGCAACCAUCCUGCCCUCAAUAUGGACUGAUUUUGGAUGCCUUUGAACCAUACUCAGAAGUUCAUAGGUUGGUUACAGAAGUGGAGGCAUGUGUAUCUGUGCUUCCAGCAGUAAAUGGAAUUACAGAUAUCCAAUUUGAAAUAGCACUGGCCAUGCAACCAUUAAGAAGAGAAAAUGCUCAGUUACGAAGGCAGUUGAGAAGUUUAAACCAGCAACUUAGAGAACAAGAAAAAACUCCUAAGGUGUCUGGUACCACGGAAUGCAACCUUGAAUUGUUCUCUCUUCAGUCAUUGAACUUCUUCCUGCAAAAUCAAUUGCAGGAGACAUUGAAGAGUCAGGAAUUACUACAGAGUAAAAAUGAAGAGCUCUUAAAAGUGAUUGAAAAUCAGAAGAAUGAAAGCGUACAAUUUAGUAAUAUGUUUAAAGACAAAGAGCAAACGAUAGUUGAAAAUAAACAGCAAUUUGACAUUGAGAUGACAAAAAUAAAAAUUGAAUUAGAGGAAGCCUUAGUCAAUAUGAAAAGCUCCCAGUUUAAGUUAGAAACUGCUGAAAAGGAAAAUCAGAUUUUGGGAAUAACAUUACGUCAACGUGAUGCUGAGGUGACUCGGCUAAGAGAAUUAACAAGAACUUUACAGAACAGUAUGGCAAAGCUUCUCUCAGAUCUUAGUGUGGACAGUGCUUGCUGCAAGCCUAAGAAUAACCUUACCAAAUCACUUCUGAACAUUUACGAUAAACAACUUCAAGAUGAUCCGAUCCCUGCUCACGCUUCUAUCAUGAGCUACCUAAAUAAGUUAGAAAGAAGUCACACCUUUACCCAUUCACAGCCACUGUCUACAAUUAAAACUGAGGAAACCUUAGAGCCAGGCAGACUCUAUGAAGACACUCUGCCUUCCAGGUCUCCUCAGCCUGGCCACACUCGGCCCAUGGAGGAAGAAUCCACAACUAGAGUUACUUCUCCCCUUCCAAAAGAGGGUUCUGAUGAAGGGAGUGAAACUAUGACUUUAAUGGAGAAUGGGCACAAUCUGGAUAAUACUAUUUACAUCCCUUUUGCAAGAAGUACUCCUAAAAAAAAAUUGCCACUUUCUACGAGGAUGUCCCCUCAACUCCAGAUAAAUGUGACUACAGCACAGCUGACGAAUAGCAACGCAUUUGUCUCUGAAAAAGAAAAUAAACUGUGUGCACCUGUAGUUUGUUCUUCUUCAAUAAAGGAAGCAGAAAAUGGACCUGAAGAACUUUCCAGAACAGCUGACAUGAAGGACAAACAGCUCCUCAAGAAAAUAAAGGAAGUAAUUUGUAAGAUCCCUGCUGCCACCAAAGAUCCAGAGGAGCAGGCUGCAUGUCACGGCCUGUCAGCUUGUCACAGUCACAGCGUUCAGGCGAAAGGCAACACUGAUGGUAGCGCUUUAAAUUCUGACUUGAUGUCUGAUUGGAGCGUCUCUUCUUUUUCAACUUUCACUUCCCGCGAUGAGCAAGACUUCAGAAAUGGCCUAGCUGCACUGGACGCCAACAUAGCUAGACUACAGAAGUCCUUAAGGACUGGACUUCUGGAGAAAUGAAUUCAGAAGAAAACAGAUUGAAUGCCUCUUCCUUUUAAGAAUAGAAGUUGGCUAUAU